UUUCUAAUAGAAGUGAUGUUAAAUUAUUAGAAACUCAAGCUCAAGCCCGUUUGUCUCUAUUACUAUCUGGUGCAACUAGCAUAUCUCACCAGUUUCUUAUAUUUUGCCCCCAAGGAGGAUAUGUGAAUAUGUAUCCUUAUACUAAUCUUUAUACUCUUUUCAGUAAUAAUCCUAAUCAAAUUAUUAUUCAUAUACUUGUAGAACAAUUACCAGGAUCAGAAACACAAAUUAUUUAG